CAAGUGUUGUUUGCUUUCUUGUAAAUGAGUUGCACACAGAGAGAGUGACGGAGAACCAGAAAACAGAAGGGAAGAAGUAAAAGGGGAUCGAGUGAGACAAAAAUGGCGAGGAAUUCAGGGAUUUUGAUACGACAGUUGUUUGGCAAUUGGAGCAACCCCUGUGCAGGUCUUCUUCAUCAUCGUCGUAAGCUUCUUCCUAGUUCCAUCCAAACCCUAACCCUAACUUCAAUCCCUAGUACAACACCAUCUUUACCUCCCUCUUGCAAAUUACCUUUGUCCUCCCCAAACCUUCAUUUUAAGGAACGCUCCGGUAAAGGUCUUGUAUUUUCAAGGCCCGCAAACAUGGUGAUCAUUUCGAACAAGGAUGACUAUGACAGGGCAAUUAAACAAGUUAAAGAUGGUCUUUGGCCAGCGGUUUUCUACUGGGUUGCUCCUGACCGCACCCCUUUGUGGACUUUUUCAACUUUUAAGCUUCAUAGGCUGAGGGAGGAAUUCCCACAUGUAACCAUAUAUAAGGUUAUCGGUAUACCUGUGACCAACAUGGAGAAAAUGUGGAAGUAUACGAAACCUGACGAGAUGCCAGCAUUCGAUUUCUAUCUAAAUGGGGAAAAGGUAGGUGACUGUCAUGGAUCUGACAAGUUGCAAGAUAUUUUUGCUGAGCUCUACAGGAAUGCCAUCCCGGUCGAAGCCACUCAUCCUACGGGUUCAUCUGGAAUGGGGGAAAGGAGAGCUGAACAACUUGUCAUACAACCGAAGAAAAAUGAGAAUGACAAAGGAAGUGUGAGGGCAUUAUCACAAUGGAGAGGUGCCGCAACAUUGUCACAACUGAGAGGUACUGCGACCUUGGCACAAGAGAGUGGUGGCCUUGUUGAGGCAGUUGAGAGUAGUACUGCACCUUCACUUGAUUUAGUGAUGCAGGCUGUCGAAUCUUUACCUGGGGGACAUGCCAAUAGUAUUUUGUGGUGGUUUGCAAGAGGGCUAUUUAAAUAUCAACCUAGGAAGAGAGUGAUGUUUUCAAAAGUGCAAGGUCUUUACUUCAAGGUUGCUUGGCUUAUGCAUGAAAUGGCUGAGGAAUAAGUUGGAUGGGUGCGGUCGAACCCGGGAGUGAAACAAACCGGGAAUCAGAUGCUGAGAGGGCCAAGGCACGUCAAUUAUGAAUUAUAUUAUGCUGUUGUUGACAUUAUGGUUUGGACUUGUGCGGUGGUUUAAAAUUUGGAUCGAUUACCUUAUGUUGUACAAUUACUUGGAUAAUUGCAGUAGGUUUGACUGUUAUUUGGAUAAUUGUCGCAUAUUUACCGCCUUGGUUUUUGUAGUUUUAAUUUUGUCAAUUUUAUCUCUAUAGUUUCAA